AUGAUAAGUCGCACUGACGACGGUUUUUCAGAUGCAGAUAUCCAAGGACUCAAGUUCGCAUUCUCACAAAGCUGCAGCACUACCAACGGAGCGACCACCAGCUCAGGGUUGGAGAUAGCUAUGGCACCAGCGAACUACCAAACUGGCUGGCAGUCCCACAAGAGUGCAGGUAACCUAGAGCAACAGAUCUCACUAGGCGGUAUUUGGACCGGAUCACCUGUAGACGUCAAAGGCAAAGGCGUCGCACGGAGCCUCGAUUGGCAUUUGGCCACCAUGGCAUCGAAUGAUAGGGAGCGCGAAGGUCCGUAUCUUAUCUGCUCAGCAGUCACGAUAUUGAGCAAUUCGUUUCCCGCGCCCCUCCCCACUCACCCGAACUACGGCGCUGCUCUCCUCGAGUCUCUUCCUCGUUCUGUACUUGCAAGGCUGCAGCGUAGAAUGGCCCCUUUAUUGCAGUUCGAUGUCGUCGGAUCCCUUCCAAUAGAACUCUCUCUCCUCAUCUUCACGCAUCUCUCAGCAGCUUCAUUGCUCACCUGCUCUCUUGUAUCCAAACGUUGGCACGCCCUCGCAACAGACCAAGCAUUGUGGCGUCGUCUUUGCUACGCACACGGCUGGGAAUGGCGCACGGACGUUGCUGCGCCUGCCUCUUGGGACGGACUUGGUGCUGUAGAUCCCGCGGAUGCAGUCGUUGGCGAAGAAAGGGACGAAGAUGAAGGUAUGGGUGACGAAGAGGAGGACGAGGACGAAGGUAGCGGUGAGGGCGCAGGCGAUGUCAUCGAUUUUAUAGGGGAUGACUCAGUAGACUGGGCGUCCAUGCCGAUGGACAUCGACGACAUUGAAGCACAGGGCCUAUCCCAUUUCCUCAUACCUAUCAACCAUACUGCAUUCUCUUCCUCCUCCACAUCUGCCAUCACCCCGAUAUCCCGUGUCACUUCGCAACGUGGCUUUUCACCCCGACGCGCGCAUCUUGCACCUGACUAUAAGCUCCUCCACCAGACGCACAUACUCCUACACAAUCGUUUCUGCCAGGGUGCAUAUCGCAGGCGUACCCUACCUUGCGCAGACACCGGUGGACACACUGCUGCAGUGUACUGCCUUUGGUUAUGGACGUAUCCUGCGGGGCUCGAUGGUCGGUCUGCACCUCUGCAGGUGCUGUUUACGGGUUCGAAGGACCGCACUGUGCGCGAGUGGGAUCUGCGCACGGACCGCGUACGACGCGUGGUCGGUGAAUUGCAUGAGUCUAGCGUCCUAAGCUUAUGCAUCUCUUCUGACUUUGCGAAGUCGGGAACUCCUGACGGAGAGGAGGCGCUGGCAGACGGGCCUGGUAAUGCUGGGUUACUAGUGAGCGGAGGCAGUGAUAGGCGUGUAGUUGUCUGGGACCUCGGCAAGGACAGGCUCGUCAAGGUGCUCCAAGAUCAUCUCGACAGUGUACUUUGCGUUCGUGUUGAUAGCGGGAGACUGGUGACCUGUUCCAAAGACCGGACUGUCAGAACAUAUGCAUUUCCGUCCUUGAAGCCUCAGUUCGUGUUUCGUGCACAUCGUGCAGCUGUUAACGCGGUUUCCGUCGUCGGUGACGUGAUAGUGUCUGGCUCUGGUGACCGUUCCGUGCGCGUUUGGAAUGCGAACACGGGUGCGCUAAUCAGCACCUUUGAAGAACACCACGCACGAGGCAUCGCUUCUAUCGAGUUCAGACCCCCAUAUUUGUUGUCCGGCUCGUCAGAUAUGCAUCUGCGCAUGUUUGACAUAGCUUCGUCCCAAGGCUGGUCGACCAACCCUGAUACUAUUCCUUCUGGCACGAUUUCCUCGUCAUCAUCGCACGCCCAAGAUAAUAUUGCAAUGAUACCGGGACAGGGGACAGCACCAUUCUUUUUACAUGCCUCCCUAACACGGCCCGUGUCUGAUACCCCGCGGCCAGAUGCGAAUACUGUCGUGUGUCAUGCGUGUGGAUCACAGGGACUGGCUGCACGGCGUGAGCAAGAGAGACAUACACAUCUUGUGCGAAGCGUUGCCCUUGGGGAGGAGUUUGCUGUCAGUGGGAGCUAUGAUCUAACGAUUAAGGUGUGGGACAGAAAGACAGGGGCGCUGGUUGCUGACCUGACUGGCGGCCACACGGGAAGGAUAUUCUGUGUGGGUUUCGAUUGUACCAAGAUUGUUUCGUGCGGGGAGGAUCAGAGGAUCUGUAUUUGGGACUUUUCCCAUGGGAUUGAUACAUCUUUCAUCAAACUGUAG